AUGGCUGAGAGAGACGUUGCGAGUAGAUUGCGCCAGAGCACUUGGAACGGGAGCAUUCCACUCGAGAUACGCCUGCACAAGGGCGACUGUAGGACGUACGACGAGUCGGAUCCUUACUUAAUACAAUUUCCACGCAUAUCGUAUCUCGGGCUGCUCAUACACAAACUGCAUGCCUUCUUCGCACGCAGCCUUAUCUACCCGGAUGUCACGCCCAAAGACGCAUGGCUAUCCUACGAAGACGUGCCGCUGAAAUGGCAUUAUCCACUAGGUCUUCUCUACGACCUCUACUCUGGCGCUGAGCCGGCGUAUCCCUCAGACACGGAUACAGAGGCUGAGCAAGCGCACAAGAUCGAGAGUACAGAGGAAGAGCGUCAACAUUUACCAUGGCGACUCACGGUACACUUCUCCGACUUCCCGUCCGAGCAGCUGGUUCAGCUCGACAAUGACGACAAGCACAUGCAUGAUCUGUUCAUCCACAGCGUGAAGGAGGCCGACUACCUCAGGACAGGAACAGGAAAGACAGUCAUGUUUCUAAGCAAAGAAGACAGCACGCAGCUCUGGAGCGGAGUGAAGAACCACGACUUUGCGGUGUACAACCCUAUCAACCAGAAGCUGCUGAACCCGCAAGGAGUCAACCUGAGACAUCUACCAGUGCGGCUCUAUCUCCCACACGCGUCGUCGGAAGGGGUGCAAGAAGAGACGGCACCCGGGAGUUUGAGAGUCGUGCAGAGGCUGGUGACGCCGAACCUGUCGUCUAGGCAACCACAGACCAUCGGGACAGCACUGAACGCGAUAUUGCCGACACUAUUUCCGAGCAGACGCAGUCCGCUGCUGGCGCAGGCCGUGUUGCACGGAGCGGUGCUGCCGCUGAGCGCGAGUGUGGAGGAGCUGGUGCGCGCGACGGCAUAUCUCGAUGGCUGGCUGCACAUUGCGGUGGUUAUGAUGGGCUGA